AUGGCUCGCUCUCGGUCCCGGGAUCGCGCGAGGGAUGCGCGACGACGCCGGAGGUCCUCACCGCAAAAGGCCAAGGGCAAGCGCAAAGCGACCGAGAAGGAACAGAAGGAGGCCCAAGCGAAGCGUUUCGAGCAGGAGGUGCAGAGGCGCGUGCAAGAGCGAAUCCACAACAGGGACUUCGAAGCCACGAUUCAGGAGAAGAUACGAGGCGAGCUAGAUCGGCAUUUCAGUCUUGUAAAGAUCGAGAUUGACAUGCAGAAGAAGAAGCUGAUAGAAGAGUUCAGACACGAGCGAGAUCAAGAGGAGAGGUCGAAGCAGGAGCUUGAGGCCAUCAUCCGGACCAACCAACAGCGAACGCAGGAGCAGCAACAGCGAGUUGCUGCGGCAAUGGGGUCCCAGGCCGAGUCGCUUCUCCAUGAGCGUGGCCUCAUCCAGAAGAGAGAGGAGCAGCAUCGUAAAGUGCAGAAAGGUUUGGAGUCUGUAGGUGGCGGUGGCCUCACCUAG